GCAGCCGUCACGCGGUGCCGCCGUCAGAGCGCCGAGAGCAGCCCGGGAGCGGCAGCAGCUCCGCGCUCGGGGACCCGCGCCCAUGCCCGUGCUCAUGCCGGGCCGCCGCCAGUGACGCCGGAGAGGUGUCUCCUGUGCCUGCUGGGGCUCCUGCCGCUACUAGGAGUGACCCACAAAGGCCGCAGAGAUGUCUGGGGCCUCGGUGAAGGUGGCGGUGCGUGUCCGCCCCUUCAAUUCCCGAGAAAUGAGCCGCGACUCCAAGUGCAUCAUCCAGAUGUCCGGAAGCACCACCACCAUCGUUAACCCCAAACAGCCCAAGGAGAUGCCCAAGAGCUUCAGCUUCGACUAUUCCUACUGGUCACACACCUCGCCGGAAGACAUGAACUACGCCUCACAGAAGCAGGUGUACUGCGACAUUGGCGAGGAGAUGCUACAGCAUGCUUUCGAGGGCUACAACGUCUGCAUCUUCGCCUACGGGCAGACCGGGGCCGGCAAGUCCUACACCAUGAUGGGCAAGCAGGAGAAGGACCAGCAGGGCAUCAUCCCGCAGCUCUGUGAGGACCUCUUCUCCCGCAUCAACGACACCACCAAUGACAACAUGUCCUACUCCGUGGAGGUUAGCUACAUGGAGAUUUACUGCGAGCGUGUCCGUGACCUUCUGAACCCCAAGAACAAGGGCAACCUGCGCGUGAGGGAGCACCCGCUGCUGGGGCCCUACGUGGAGGACCUGUCCAAGCUGGCUGUCACCUCCUACAAUGACAUCCAGGACCUCAUGGACUCAGGGAACAAGGCCCGGACCGUGGCAGCCACGAACAUGAACGAGACCAGCAGCCGCUCCCAUGCCGUCUUCAACAUCAUCUUCACGCAGAAGCGCCACGAUGCAGAGACCAACAUCACCACAGAGAAAGUGAGCAAAGUCAGCCUGGUGGAUCUGGCCGGGAGCGAGCGGGCCGACUCCACAGGGGCCAAGGGCACGCGCCUCAAGGAGGGAGCCAACAUCAACAAGUCCCUGACCACCCUGGGCAAGGUCAUCUCCGCGCUGGCCGAGAUGGACUCUGGGCCCAACAAGAACAAGAAAAAGAAGAAGACAGACUUCAUUCCGUACAGAGAUUCGGUGCUGACCUGGCUUCUCCGGGAAAACCUGGGCGGGAACUCGCGGACAGCGAUGGUGGCGGCACUGAGCCCCGCAGACAUCAACUACGAUGAGACACUGAGCACGCUGAGGUACGCGGACCGGGCCAAGCAGAUCCGCUGUAACGCCGUCAUCAACGAGGACCCCAACAACAAGCUGAUCCGUGAGCUGAAGGAUGAGGUGACGCGGCUGCGGGACCUGCUGUAUGCCCAGGGUCUCGGUGAUAUCGCUGACACCAACACUGUGCCCGGAGGACCCAAAUACGUGUCCGACCUUGAGAACAAUAACCGUAACCGUGGCGGGGCGGAGCUGAGUCCAGCCCCUGACAAUCUCUCCACAGUGACCAACGCCCUGGUGGGCGUGAGCCCCUCGUCCUCGCUCUCGGCCCUGUCCAGCCGUGCCGCCUCUGUGUCCAGCCUGCACGAGCGCAUCUUGUUUGCCCCGGGCAGUGAAGAGGCCAUAGAAAGGCUGAAGGAGACGGAGAAGAUCAUCGCUGAGCUCAACGAGACCUGGGAGGAGAAGCUGCGGCGGACGGAAGCCAUCCGGAUGGAGAGGGAAGCGCUGCUGGCCGAGAUGGGCGUGGCCAUGAGGGAGGACGGCGGCACCCUGGGGGUGUUCUCUCCCAAAAAGACGCCGCAUCUCGUCAACCUGAAUGAGGACCCGCUCAUGUCUGAGUGCCUUCUCUACUACAUCAAGGAUGGGAUCACCAGAGUGGGCCGGGAAGGCGCAGAGAAGCGGCAGGACAUAGUCCUGAGCGGGCACUUCAUCAAGGAGAAGCACUGCGUCUUCCGGAGCGACUCCCGAGGGGGCAGUGAAGCCGUGGUGACCCUGGAGCCCUGUGAGGGGGCAGACACCUACGUCAACGGCAAGAAAGUCACGGAGCCCAGUGUCCUGCGGUCAGGAAACCGCAUCAUCAUGGGAAAGAGCCAUGUGUUCCGGUUCAACCACCCUGAGCAGGCAAGGCAGGAGCGUGAGCGCACGCCCUGCGCGGAGACGCCCGCUGAGCCCGUGGACUGGGCCUUCGCCCAGCGUGAGCUGCUGGAGAAGCAGGGCAUCGACAUGAAGCAGGAGAUGGAGCAGAGGCUCCAGGAGCUGGAGGACCAGUACCGCCGGGAGCGCGAGGAGGCCACUUACCUACUGGAGCAGCAGAGGCUGGACUACGAGAGCAAGCUGGAGGCCCUGCAGAAGCAGAUGGGCGCCCGGUUCUACCCGGAGGUGAACGAGGAGGAGGAGGAGCCGGGGGAUGAAGUCCAGUGGACGGAGAGGGAGUGUGAGCUGGCGCUGUGGGCCUUCCGGAAGUGGAAAUGGUACCAGUUCACGUCCCUGCGGGACCUGCUGUGGGGCAACGCCAUCUUCCUCAAGGAGGCCAACGCCAUCAGCGUCGAGCUCAAGAAGAAGGUCCAGUUCCAGUUUGUCCUCCUUACGGACACACUGUACUCCCCACUGCCGCCUGACCUGCUGCCCCCAGAGGCCGCCAAAGACCGAGAGACUCGCCCUUUCCCCCGAACCAUUGUGGCCGUGGAGGUCCAGGACCAGAAGAACGGGGCCACCCACUACUGGACGCUGGAGAAACUCAGGCAGCGGCUGGACCUGAUGCGGGAGAUGUACGACCGGGCGGCCGAGGUGCCCUCCAGCGUCAUCGAGGACUGUGACAACGUGGUGACUGGUGGAGACCCCUUCUACGACCGCUUCCCCUGGUUCCGCCUCGUGGGCAGUUCAGUCAUCUCUGGCUGCAACAGCUACCCUCUUCUCAACACAUGCAUGAGCGAGCGCAUGGCUGCUCUCACCCCCUCCCCCACCUUCUCGAGCCCCGACUCCGACGCCACCGAGCCUGCUGAGGAGCAGAGCGUGGGGGAGGAGGAGGAGGAGGAGGAGGAGGAGGAGGAGGAGGAGGAGGACCUGGAGGACGACGUCUUUCCGGAGCACGUGCUGUGCGACGGCCGGGACCCGUUUUACGACCGGCCCCCCCUGUUCAGUUUAGUAGGAAGGGCCUUCGUGUACCUGAGCAACCUGCUGUACCCCGUGCCCCUGGUGCACCGUGUGGCCAUCGUCAGCGAGAAGGGCGAGGUGAAGGGCUUUCUCCGCGUGGCCGUCCAGGCCAUCUCAGCCGACGAAGAGGCCCCUGAUUACGGCUCCGGCGUCCGCCAGUCGGGAACCGCCAAAAUCUCCUUUGACGACCAGCAUUUUGAGAAGUUCCAGUCCGAGUCCUGCCCCGUGGUGGGGAUGUCCCGCUCAGGGACCUCCCAGGAGGAGCUGCGGAUCGUGGAGGGCCAGGGCCAGGGCGCUGACGCGGGGCCCUCGGCCGAUGAGGUCAACAACAACACCUGCUCAGCGGUGACCCCGGAGGGCCUCCUGGACAGCCCCGAGAAAGCCGCCCUGGAUGGGCCCCUGGAUGCCGCCCUGGACCACCUCGGCCUGGGCAGCACCUUCACCUUCCGCGUGACCGUCCUGCAGGCGUCCAGCAUCUCCGCCGAAUACGCCGACAUCUUCUGCCAGUUCAACUUCAUCCAUCGCCAUGACGAGGCCUUCUCUACGGAGCCCCUGAAGAACACGGGGAGGGGGCCCCCACUCGGCUUCUACCACGUCCAAAACAUCGCAGUGGAGGUGACCAAGUCCUUCAUCGAGUACAUCAAGAGCCAGCCCAUCGUGUUCGAGGUCUUCGGUCACUACCAGCAGCACCCAUUCCCGCCCCUCUGCAAGGACGUGCUCAGCCCCCUGAGGCCCUCGCGCCGCCAUUUCCCGCGGGUCAUGCCACUGUCCAAGCCAGUGCCCGCCACCAAGCUCAGCACGCUGACGCGGCCCUGCCCCGGGCCCUGCCACUGCAAGUACGACCUGCUGGUCUACUUCGAGAUCUGCGAGCUGGAGGCCAAUGGCGAUUACAUCCCUGCAGUGGUGGACCACCGUGGCGGGAUGCCGUGCAUGGGGACCUUCCUGCUUCACCAGGGCAUCCAGAGACGGAUAACCGUGACACUGCUGCAUGAGACAGGCAGCCACAUCCACUGGAAGGAAGUGCGAGAGCUGGUCGUGGGUCGCAUCCGAAACACCCCGGAAACCGACGAGUCCUUGAUUGACCCCAACAUCUUGUCCCUCAACAUCCUCUCGUCUGGAUACAUCUACCCGGCCCAGGACGACCGGCAGUUUCUUGAUUCGGACAUGCCUAGCGUUUCAUUCGGAAAUGACACUAGGACCUUUUACCAGUUUGAGGCCGCGUGGGACAGCUCCAUGCACAACUCCCUCCUGCUGAACCGGGUCACCCCUUACCGAGAGAAGAUCUACAUGACCCUCUCUGCUUACGUUGAGCUGGAGAACUGCACACAGCCGGCCGUCAUCACCAAGGACUUCUGCAUGGUCUUCUACUCCCGCGAUGCCAAGCUGCCGGCGUCACGCUCCAUCCGUAACCUGUUCGGCAGCGGGAGCCUGCGGGCCUCGGAGAGCAAUCGCGUGACGGGUGUGUACGAGCUCAGCCUGUGCCACGUGGCCGACACGGGCAGCCCAGGGAUGCAGCGGCGGCGCCGGCGGGUGCUGGACACGUCCGUGGCCUACGUCCGGGGUGAGGAGAACCUGGCGGGCUGGAGGCCGCGGAGCGACAGCCUCAUCCUGGACCACCAGUGGGAGCUGGAGAAGCUGAGCCUCCUGCAGGAGGUGGAGAAGACCAGGCACUACCUGCUGCUGCGGGAGAAGCUGGAGAUGACCCAGCGGCCUGCUCCCGAGGCCCUGUCCCCCAUCUCCAGCGAGGACUCUGAGGCCCAUAGCUCGUCCACCUCCCCGCUCGCGGCUGCGGGCCGGCCGUCGUCCCUGGAGGCUCCCAACGAGAGGCAGCGGGAGCUGGCGGUCAAGUGCUUACGGCUCCUCACCCACUCCUUCACCAGAGAGCACACCCACGGCCACGUCUGCGUCAGCGCCAGCGAGAGCAAGCUCUCUGAGAUGUCUGUCACCCUGCUGCGGGACCCGUCCAUGUCCCCUCUGGGAACGGCCACGCUCACCCCCUCCUCCACCUGCCCCUCCCUGGUCGAGGGCCAGUACGGAGCUGCUGACCUGAGGACCCCACAGCCCUGCUCCCGGCCGGCCAGCCCAGAGCCUGAGCCCCUGCCGGAGGUGGAUUCCAAGAAGCCCCCUUCCCCUGCCCGGGCAACGGAGACCAACAAGGAGCCCCAGCGCCAGCUGGUUCCCGACAUCCAGGAGAUCCGGGUCAGCCCGAUCGUCUCCAAGAAGGGGUACCUGCACUUCCUGGAGCCGCACACGGCCGGCUGGGCCAAGCGCUUCGUGGUCGUGCGGCGGCCCUACGCCUACAUGUACAACAGCGACAGGGAUGCCGUGGAGAGGUUCGUGCUCAACUUGUCCACGGCCCAGGUUGAGUACAGCGAGGACCAGCAGGCGAUGCUCAAGACCCCCAACACGUUCGCCGUGUGCACGGAGCACCGGGGCAUCCUGCUGCAGGCCAACAGCGACAAGGACAUGCACGACUGGCUGUACGCGUUCAACCCCCUCCUGGCAGGGACCAUACGGUCCAAGCUCUCCAGGAGGAGGUCUGCCCAGAUGAGGGUCUGAGCCGAGCCCUCCUGGACAGCCAGCAGGCCCGGCCCCGCUCUCCCACCCUCGUCACCAUCUGUCGUGUCAUCCGCCGCCCAGCCCUGCUCCCAGCAGACAGCCAACGCGCCCCCUCCUCCUGGGGAUGCCCGCGCUGGGCCCUGAGAGCCCACCUCUGGCCGGGGACCUGCCACACGACCUGUCGUGCUCCCAGCAGAGGCCGCGUUUGUUGUCCUUUCUUCAUUCGGAACGCGCCCUGGGUGGGAAGAGCUGGGAGACGCCAGGAAGGCCAGAGGACGGGAGCCACGGGGGCAUUGCUGCCCUUCUAAUAUUUUUUUAAGCAUAGACAGACUAUAAUUAACAUACAUCAGUUAGUGACACUGAAACAGUCCACUGAGAAAUUAACUGUAAGACUGUGUUUUAUUUAUAAGUGUGCAUCUCUUAUGCCCUCACAUAGACCCGCAGGUCUCAGGUGGACCCACCCCGCUUGCUCCCAAAUGCACCUCCCAAGCUUCUUAAGGACACACAAGGCGGGGCAGCCGCCUGGGAAGACCACAGUGAGGUGGCGUCUGGACAGGCCGGGUACCUCCUGGUUGGCACCACGGGGACACCUGCCCGGCCGGAGCUGAGGCCUCUGCCCAGCGGCCUGUGGGGCAGGCCCUGGUCCCAGGGCGUGUGUGUGCGUGCGUGUGUGUGCGUGCGUGUGCAUGUGUGUGUCUGGGGGGCUCUGAUGCCUGAAGUCCGAGCAGCGCAGAAGGUGGGUGCACUCCUCCUCGCAGGAGGGAGGACCCACGUCUCACCUGGACAGCAGCCACCUGAGGUGCGACUGUCCAGGUGACGCCGGCAGCCUGUCCGUGGCAGCACGUGGGAGGUGAGGCAGCAGGCGCCUGGCUGGGGGCCGUCCUGGUGGGAACCGAGCGGGAGGGUGGUCAGGGUCCCACCGGGUGUGUCAUGUGUCCAGGCCGGCUGGGCGCGGGGAGCUGUGUUUAGAGGUGGUCUAGGCAGCGAGGGGCUUCUGGUGCGGCAUCUCCAGCCACUGUGAGACCGGGGUGAGCUCCAGGUCGCUCCAGGGAAGAAAUCGUGACUUCCCCUCUUUGUCCCAAGAGAGGAGUUUCUGUGAGUCCCGGUGAGAAAACUCCACGGGGUCAGGUGAGGGCAGCCAGUGCUGGGGUCAUCCGUCAUCAAGGGGGCUUCCUCCUGUAUCCGAGGGUGUCACCCUUGUCUUGUUCUGCCCUCUCGUGACAAUAUCCAUUUCGUCCCCUUUGCAGACCCCACGCCUGAGGGCUGCCCGGGACCGGGCAGGAGCCAGCCCCGGGCUGAGAGUCUGGCCGUGUGUCAUGCCCAGGCCAUAAACCCUUCAGAGAAACCAGGGCCUGGGGUCUUCAGUGACCUGUUCCUACACUCAGAGGCACAUUCAGCCUCUUUUUAGCUCGAGGGAAAACAGCAACCGCAGCACAAGACCCGUCCCUACCACGUCCCCCCAGAGGGGGUGACGGAGGGUUCACAUUCUGGACUAAAGUCAAACAUUGUCCGGAAACCAGCAGGCCUGUGCUCCUCCCACAGGGCUUCCCUGGAGGCAGAGGUCAAGACGCAGGACAGCACGCUCUGGAGCAAGCACUGACGCUGGCCUUCGUGAUGGCCUUGAGGGCAGGGAGGAGAGACGGGUGGGGUGAGUUGUCCUAAGACGGGUCAGUUCCGAGAGCCCCUCCUUCCUACAGGGAGAUUGGAGGUGCAGGGCUCAGGCCACGGCCACUCAGGUCAGCCAGCCUGAGGCCAUGGCCUCCGGAGAGUCUGAGGCCCUCUCACCCCGGGCACAGGUGUCUGGGGCCAGCCAACCUGCAGAGCACCCGCUGAGUGGGGCAGGGGGCCCCCAGGAGGGUUUCUGGGAAUCGCCCCAAAUUCAGGGGCCUCCACGGCCAUGGAGGCCUCCAGGGCUGCUUCGUCUGGGCCUUGUGCCAUCUUGGCAGUGACUCGGAGCCAGGUGUGGCCCACCUGGUGUCCCCUACCCGUCACCACUUCCUCCUCUCAGGCCGGCUCCCAUGCGAGGGCCUGGGUCCGAGAAUUCCAUCUGUGAGUCGGGAAAGCUGCUCUCCCGUGCCCGGUGCCAUGUAAGCCAGAGACAAGUGGUUUGGGACUCAGUUGCCACAUCUGUGACAUGGGAGGCUGGUCUGGAGGCCCGUGAGGGUCCUCAGGUUGUGGGGUGCAGACAGGAAAGUCAGGUCUGGCUGUGGCUGCUGUGUCCUGCGAGUGGGGAAGGAGAGAAAGAUCGAGAAAGCCAUCUCUCUUGGACGGUUUUUGUUGCAGUGCUUGCUGCCACUCAGGCUGCAGCCUCAUUGUGCUUGAGGCCAUGCUCGCCUGGAGGGGGCUCUCUGUCCCCCAGGGAGGAGUGGGCUCCUUCCGCUGUGGCCCUAGGGAGGAGCCCCAGGGAGGGAGAUGCUGGGCUCCCGGCUGAGCGGCCCGGCUCCAAAGCGAUCCGGCUGGUGCCCAGGGCCAGCUGUUGAGACGCUCGUAAGUUUCAAGGCCUCUCUGUUCUGAGUAAUGAUUGUCUCGCUCACCGACAGUGCACACACACGCACGCACACCCACACACACACCAGGGCGGCUGCAGUGACGUGGUCUCCUGGCAAUCCUAGUCCCCCCUCGACACCUCUGGGGUGGAUGUCGCAAGGCACUCGGGGAGGGUCCCCAAACGUCGCCGAUGCUGCAGGCACGAGCAGGGUGGCCACACUGGUCCUCCGUCAGCUCUCCUCAGCGCGGGGACCCCACAGGCACCCUCCUGUAUCCCUGGGGCUGGGCCACGCGUUCCCCCGGGAGAGACGACAGGCUGUGGCUCCUUCCCAGGUCCGUGCGUCCCGCGGCCAGCUGUCCCCUGAGUUCCCCCGUGGCUUGUACAUACGUGGUUGUGGCACACCCCAGCCCCUGCACUGUAAGUGCCAUCCUGAUGUAACGACUGUAGUUCCCUGAUGUCCGAAACCCAAGUGUUAGGCUCUAGGCUCCUGUACCGUGUGUGUGCACUUAAGGCUCUGUCCAAUUAAGAAAUAAACAUGGCUCUUUAUGCAACACCAGA